AUGGCAUCCUACUGCUUCCUUGUGUUUGCGCUGUGUGCGUCGCAGACUUUGAGCAUCACCAUUGAGUCAGUACCCAGCGCGGAUGUUGGGGGAGUCAUUCUGACUGAGUUGGAGACCACUGUGUCGCUGGUGUGUCGCAGCAACCGAUUUGAGGAUGAGGAAGCGGAACUGGUGUGGUUGAGGAACGGCGCCAAGGUGGCUCUCAAAGAGGGGAACCGUCAGGGACAAAGCACCGUCUGCAUCACGCCGGUCAUUCACCAGGACAAUGGUGCUACCUUCACCUGCCACAUGGGCGGCAACGCCAGCGUGGAGGCCUCCGUCACACUCAACGUCACAUAUCCGCCCACGCUGUCAGGCUCUGAGGAGGUGUGGGUGGAGGAUGCGUCACCUUUGUUCCUGCAGUGCGAUACCUUCUCCAACCCUCCUGUCUCCUCGGUGCACUGGACAUUCAACGGCAGCACUCUGGACCUCCUUGCGGGGGGCUUCACCAUCGCCGAGGAUGGCUAUUAUAGCCGUCUAAGUGCUAACAAAGCGGAGAAGAGUAAGCAUGAAGGCCUCUAUCGCUGCGUGGCAGACUCACCGGUCUAUGGAAUAAAGAGCAAGGACUUCCUGGUCACCGUCACAGAAAAGACCGUCAAGUUUCCACUGAUGCCCAUCAUCGCCGGGGUUGUCGUGGUAUGCCUCACAACGAUCUUGGCCAUCUUUUCACGCUGGGACAGAAUUGUUAAGUGCUGCAAGUGA